GGCAGGCGGGGAGGGCGCUGCGUCCGGCUUGGUGUCCGAGGCUCCGGCCCGGCUGCACCCCGCGCGGUGUUCGCCGUGAUGAAGCGCCCUUGCGAGGAGACGACCUCUGAGAGCGACAUGGACGAGACCAUCGACGUGGGGAGCGAGAACAAUUACUCGGGACAAAGUACUAGCUCUGUGAUUAGAUCGAAUUCUCCAACAACGACAUCUCAGAUUAUGGCAAGAAAGAAAAGGAGAGGGAUAAUAGAGAAAAGGCGUCGAGAUCGGAUAAAUAACAGUUUAUCUGAGCUGAGACGACUGGUGCCAACCGCUUUUGAAAAACAAGGAUCUGCAAAGUUAGAAAAAGCUGAAAUACUGCAAAUGACAGUCGAUCAUUUAAAGAUGCUCCAGGCAACUGGGGGUAAAGGCUACUUUGACGCCCAUGCUCUUGCCAUGGACUUCAUGAGCAUUGGAUUCCGAGAGUGCUUAACCGAAGUGGCAAGGUACCUGAGCUCUGUGGAAGGCCUGGACUCCUCCGAUCCGCUGCGGGUGCGCUUGGUCUCUCAUCUCAGCACGUGUGCCUCACAGCGAGAGGCGGCGGCAAUGACCUCCUCUCUGGCCCACCACCAUCACCCCCUGCAUCCUCACCACUGGGCGGCGGCCUUCCACCACCUUCCGGCAGCCCUGCUCCAACCCAGCGGACUCCACGCCUCGGAGCCCACGCCUUGCCGCCUCUCCACCACUUCAGAAGUGCCUCCUGCCCACGGCUCCACCCUCCUCACGGCCACGUUUGCCCACGCAGACUCUGCCCUUCGGAUGCCAUCAACAGGCAGUGUCGCCCCCUGUGUGCCACCUCUCUCCACUUCUCUCUUGUCCCUCUCGGCCACUGUCCACGCAGCCGCUGCAGCAGCCGCGGCAGCUGCGCACAGCUUCCCUCUGUCCUUCGCUGGGGCGCUCCCCGUGCUCCCCCCAAACGCAGCUGCAGCAGUGGCGGCUGCCACAGCCAUCAGCCCUCCCUUGUCGGUAUCAGCCACGUCCAGCCCUCAGCAGACAAGCAGUGGAACAAACAGUAAACCUUACCGACCCUGGGGGACAGAAGUGGGAGCUUUUUAAGUUUUCACCGAACUUCUUGCAGUAGUAACUGAAUGUCCUUCAUUUCAGAGUCAGCUUAAAACCUCUGCACCCUGAAAGUAGCCAUACAGAUGUCUGCGGAUCCACAAAGGAACAAUAAAGCUAUUUGAGACACAAACCUCAUAAGUGGAAAUGUGGUAUUAUCUUUUUUCUCUGUUUCGGUUUAAGGCAGUUUGGUAACUGACAUCAGCAACUUUUGAAAAUGUCACACUUGUUUUCAUUUAGAAGUCUCCUGGAAAAUAUACGGACUGAACCAUCCAGCAGUGCAUCACGAUGUCUGAAUUGGGGAAGAAAAAUGCCCUGACUGAAUUUUCUUGAAACUAAAUGGAAAAAAAGAAUAUUCAUGUUUCAUAAGUGCCUGAGCUAAUAAAGUUUUCUUUUGAACAUACAACGUUGCACAAGUAAAGAAGAGCGUAGAGGUUAGGUUAAGAAAGGAGAAGGGACAGAAGUCUUGCAUUAGGCUGCAGACGUUUUAGUACAAAUACCAGAAAAGAGCACUCUGUUGAAAUCAACAGGUUUUUAUUGGCCAAAAGGAUUGCUGAAAGUAAUUUUCAAGUUGAGAAACCUAGUUUUAUCCUAGUUUGCUUUUUUUGUACAAACUUGCCAAGUUGUGACAUUUAACAAUGUAUUAGUAUAAGCAAUUAUUACGUCAGCGCUCAGAUUAACAAGCAUUUCUGCCCUGCCUGCAAACCCCCAGGCACUUUUUUUCUUUUAUGGCUCACAAUAUGGUGCUUCUUUAUAUAAAACAUGCAUUUAUAGAGUGCACCUAGAAGCAGUUGCCUACUGUGUGCCCACCAGAGGCUAUCUGACUCAUGCCAACUUGAAAACUCUCCAGUUUGUAAAAGUUUAAUUUAUUCAGUUUCAUUUGGACUAUUUUUACAUAUUUAUCCUCUUCAUUUCAUCCUGAUAACAUGUAAAAUCUAUACUUGUCACCUUUUGGGGAGAAGUUGCAUUUCUGGAAGUGAUGAGGCAGGGAGAGAACAACGGGAAGAGAAAAGCCCGAUUUUUAAAUGUCCUUUGUCAAGCUUGUGAUUGUAUUUGAUCCCAAAUCAAGAUGAAUGUAUGUAAUGGGAUGUACAUAAAUUAUUUUUGUCCAUGCCUAGAUUAGUGCUACAUAAUGGUGUUUUGGUUUUGUUUUUAUUUUGUUUAAUGACAAAAUAAUCUCUUAAUACUUUGAAAUUGAGCACGUGAGAAUUUAUGUUUGAAAGACAAAGACACAGCAUGUAUUAUUAUGCACUUCAUUUCUCUGCUGUGUGGAGAAAGCAAUAAACAUUAUGAGAAUGUUAAACAUUAUGCAAAAUUAUACUUUUAAAUAUAUGUUUUAAAAUUACUGUACCUAGUCUUUUUUGUAUUACUUUGUAACCUUUUUCUAUGCAAAAGUCUACAUAUCACUAAUUAAAUGAAGUCCUUUUUUGACCA